AUGUUAGCGAAGUAUGUGAAUGCGCUAACGCUGAGAACAGGACCGCAUUUACGCGGAUUUUCUACCAAGCAGCAGAACUCAAGACCCAAAACUGCUGUGAUCAUGCUAAAUAUGGGUGGACCGUCGAGCAAGGAAUACGUCCACGAUUUUCUUCUGCGUUUGUUUUCCGAUAAAGAAAUCAUCGAUCUUCCGGCACAAAGUGAUGGCGUCGAACGUGCUGUCGCGUUCAGUCAGUAUCCACAUUUCAGCUGUACCACAUCCGGUAGCAGCUUCAAUGCCAUCGCUCGUCACUACACUUCCACUCAGGGUACUUUCACGGGAGUAGAAACUGUGGAGCCACCAACUCUGUCCGGUGGCACAAAGAAGACUAUUUGGUCACUUAUUGAUCGUUGGCCUUUGUUUCAACCACUGGUGACCGCUUUUGCCGAUCACAUCAAACAUAAACUGAUGUCUAUUGAGGAUCCACAAGAACGCGAACGUGUAGUUCUACUCUUCAGUGCACACUCCAUACCCCUAUCCGUGGUUAAUCGGGGCGACCCGUAUCCAGCUGUGAGUGACAGUAUUUCGUGUGUCAUUGCAUCAACCUUAUUCUCUGAGUUUUCUUUUAUGGGGCUUUGUUCAAUCGAAAAGAAAAAUUUGCUGCUCUCACUCUUUCCCUCCAUCUCUCUUUCUAAAUAUAAAUAUAUACAUAUCGUAAAAUUUGGUAACUAUUGUGAAUCAAUUCUCCGGUAUGUAUACACAUUUAAAUCGUCUACUCUGUUUGUUGACCUUAGAGUUUCACAUUCUUUAUCUGUCUCUCUCCCUCUCCAAAUAGGCUCAGUUCCUGUCCAACUCGUACAUCCUCAAUUUGUGUACGUUGGUAGCUUGGCAGCGAUCAGUGAAGUUCACAUCAUUGUCUUUCGUGUCACGAUAAUGAUCUUAAACCUUGAUGUCAUUUGA